AUGGGUUGUGGUGCCUCCAGCAGGGUUGUGGAAUCCGAUGACAGGGAACGGCAUAAAUCACCACAUUCCGCAGCCGAAUGUUCGCCUAAGCUGGGCGCCGCUGAGGUUUCCCCUAACGCCAAACUCAAGGAGGUUCCGUCUGUUUCAACAAGCGUCAUCGAAGGCCUGAAAGGACACCAGGGGACCUUCGUCAUGUCGAAGUUCUCCAAUGAUAGCAUGACUACAAGCGCAUCGUAUCUCAAUCAACCAAACACCAACGAGGCUUUACCUCCCAUCCAAACCGCAGAAGCUUCCUUUGCUCCGUCGGACGCCGCUGACUCCACAAGGGGAAAUGGGAGAUCGCCCUUCGCGUCGAAUUUUACCGACAGCAAUGUGGCUACCAGUUUUCUUAGAAUCCCGCAUUUAAACAGUGAGGUUGAUUCGGACGCGAGGUUUAGCAGCAACGCAUUUGAAAGCAGAUGUCGUUCCGGCUCUGUGGUGAGCACUGGCGUGUGCAACGUACCCAUACUUCCAACAUUUUCCCACUGCAAUAGCAGGGAUUCACGUUUUCAAAGCCCAUGUGGAGUAAAUAGGUGUGACUCUUACAGUCCAACGGCUCGUCCUCAUGAAUGUUCACGCCGCUGUGGUUGGGGGGAGUACGAAACGCUGAGACGACUCAGUAUUAAUAACAGCAUGGACGGCACUAACGGCACCAUAGCAGACACAGCAACUACAGCCAGCAGCGUAGAACACUCCAAUAAUUAUGCGGGGCAUCGUUAUAGUUUCAUAGGGACGGACUGUGGGUGUAGCAGCCUCUUUUAUGACCCAUGUGAGAGGUGCAGCCGUUGUAUACUCGACACGGAGGCGGUGUACCGAUGCGAUUUAUGUAUGCUGAUCUUCUGCACUGACUGCCAUGCGGAAAUUGGGGCGGCACUGCACAGACACAAGCUAACAAGCUUCAGGCGCGCCGUAAAUAGCAAUGUGACUGACUCAUUCCUCAUCAACAAGGGGAGAAAUAGGGACGGGAACAAAGUAAUCAAUGAAUAUGUGGUGAUAAAGGUGCUUGGAAGGGGGUCACACGCGAAAGUUAAUCUCGUGCAGCACCACCAGGAUCGUACGUUUUAUGCAGUGAAAAUAUUGCGAUGUGACCGUACCAAAAAAAUACAUCAUGGGAUCGUUUCGAAGUCCAGCACCGCCAGUGAUGAUGACCUUCUGCGCGAAAUCGCGGUUAUGAAGUUUGUAUCACAUCCCAAUCUCAUAAAACUGAAAGAGGUGAUAGAUGACGUUGAAUCGCAUAAGGUGUACGUAAUCAUGGAAUACUGUGCCAAGGGACCAGUUCAUGUUCACGGUGAGCCGCCGCUACCCCCAGAGAAGGUGAGAAAAUACGGAUGUGACAUACUAUCCGGCCUGUUGCAACUCCACGCACAGUAUCUUUAUCACUGGGAUAUUAAACCGGCCAAUUGCCUUGUUGACGACAAUGACGUCGCGAAGAUAGCUGACUUUGGUGCUUGCGGUAGCUCGACGCGAACCUGCAAGGUUGGCGGCACUCCCGCAUACAGCUGCCCCGAACAGUUUGCUGGAACGCAUAUUGGAGGCCAUGUUGCAGAUAGUUGGGCUUUUGCCAUGACGUUAUAUCAAAUGUCACAUGGCACCCUCGCGUAUAGCACUACCUCCAUUUCCAGCUUGAGGGACAGUAUGCUAGAUCCAACACCGCUACCCAUUCAAGAAGGAGUAGAGCCCGAGUUGAAGGACUUAUUGCGCCGAAUGUUAAAUAAGGAUAUGUCGCAGCGAAUGAUGCUACACGAUGCUAUGAAGCACUCGUACUUCAGUGGAUAUGUGACGCAAAGUUAUACAACAGUCGAGCCUUCCAAUGAGUCAGCGGGGUGCAUCACGGAAGACUUGUACGCCCGUGCACAGCAAGCAGUGCUUCGAGGGAAACGGGUCGGUGAUUUCUUUCAUGGCGUGCAGUUUGUGCGCAGAAUACGCCGAAUGAUGGUUCGUCAUAUCAACACGCACGACGUGGACGAUGAAGAUGAUUUUUUCCCUGAACUCCCAGAGGCAUCCUCAUUGGAGAGUACCCAACGUUUAGUGACCAACGAAGCUGACAUACACGAAGUGCAUAAGAUAGUCAGUAGUUUCGUCGGGGAUGCUGUGAGAGGAGCGCUUCGAAUUGACGGAAUCCUCAUGACUACACUUCAUUCCUUCGUAGCGGAGGCGGCACCGUUGGUUUCGAAGCUGUGUUGCAGCAAUAACAAGCUCACGUGUGUGGGAACAGUUGAUUUCUCGAAGUUUCAACACCUUCGCGUGCUGCAGAUUUGUGAAAACUCGCUCAGGCAAUUUCCACUGGAUGUUCUCCACGCCCCUAGGUUACAGUUCCUGGAUUUAUCUCACAAUCAUAUCAAAGACAUACCGCCCGCGCUCACCUGCGCCCGGGAACUUCAAACAUUGUGCAUGAACCACAACCAAGUGGCAUACGUGGGUUGUAACGAGUGCGGUGCAUCCGUCCUCUCAGGAGAAUCUAUGCAAAAGGUGGUGCUGACUGCCAACCCAUUGCGCCAUCUACCAGCUGAGAUCACAUCAUGUUCCAAGUUGGAGUUAAUUUUAGACGAUGCCCCAUCGCUGUUGGAAGAGUGGUAUGCAUCAAUUAAUCAGUCGACAAGUGUGAGUAUUACGUGGAACGACAUUUAUCCUUGUCGAGUAUACCCCGAGGUGCCACUCUUCGUUGCUUCUAAAAGCAUUAAACUAUAUAACUUGACUAUACUAGAGGCACUCGGCACGCGUAAUGUUGUGUUGACACAAUUCGAGUCGUGGCUCCCCACAGGUGAAGUGAAUUCUGCUGCAAUGGAAGAGCACGUUCGACGCCGGCAGAAGGAGUCAGUGAGGGUUAAUGGAAAUGAUAGCGAAUGUGAAAUUCGCUCGCCAGUCGUUAGAAAGACGGCAAUGAAUGUCGGGGAUUGUCUUCCCAUACCGAAUAUUCUCUCUAAAUCAGUUUGUCGGUUCCUCCAUAGUUACUUUAUAUUGGAAGAGAAAACCUCCUAUACAGUAUCUGCCUACGGAGCUCUCAAGAAUUAUCUCACAACAUGUCUCGGUAGAAAUGAAAGUGUUGUUGUAUUUCUCGAUGAGCGGAGGGAUUCACAAAAUACCCGUGAUACAAUUGUUGCAGUUUUGUGUGAAGUACUGAUGGCUGCGAAAGGGGGUAAGAGAACACUGAGUGGUUGCAUCAGCGAUGUAGUUGAUGCGACGCGGGGGCUCUACGCGUGA